CAGUGAGGCUAUACUUCCGCUGCCGGUAGUGGACUGAGAGACUGCCAAAGGAAGCGCAGAACAGAGCAGUGUGUGACAUAUUUUGUAUAAGAAAAAAAAAAACGCUGUCAGUAUUGUUCCAGCGAUAAUACAUUCUUAAUUUGAAGAAUUGCGAAAUUCAAGUGUUACACGUUGACCGAAGAUGGCUGUGAAUGUGUACUCCACCUCUGUGACCAGUGAGAACCUGAGUCGGCAUGACAUGCUGGCCUGGAUCAACGAGUCUCUCCAGAUUAACCUCUCCAAGAUAGAGAUGCUGUGCUCAGGUGGGGCCUACUGCCAGUUCAUGGACAUGCUGUUCCGUAACUCUGUGCCUCUGAAGAAAGUCAAGUUUGCUGCCAAGCUAGAGCACGAAUACAUCCACAACUUUAAACUUCUACAGGCGUCCUUCAAGAAGAUGGGCGUCGACAAGAUCAUUCCAGUGGACAAGCUGGUGAAGGGGAAGUUCCAGGACAACUUUGAGUUCGUCCAGUGGUUCAAGAAGUUCUUUGACGCCAACUACGACGGGCAGGACUACGACCCCCUGGAGGCCCGCCAGGGACAGGACGCCACGUCUAUGACCCCCGCCACCUCGGCCCUCAGCAGGCCCCCCAAGAAGAUCCUCAACCCAGCUCCCCAGAGAGCAGCCGUUGCCAAGGUAGCACCCAAGAUGGCUCCGACCAACACAAGAAGAACAAUGAUGGGUGGUGGAGACGAGGAGAAAGCAGAACUCCAUCAGGAGGUGGACGUUCUGAAGACGACCAUCCAAGACAUGGAGAAGGAGAGGGACUUUUACUUUGGCAAGCUGCGGAACAUCGAACUGAUAUGCCAAGAGAAGGAGGGGGAGGGCGACCCAACGCUGCAACGGAUAAUCGAGAUUCUCUACGCCACAGACGAGGGCUUCGUGAUCCCCGACGCAGAGUCCGAGGAGCAGGAGCAGGAGCAGGAGGAGUUCUAGGAGCCGAGCUGGGAGGCGUCCCCCCCCCCUUCCCCGCGUGGCCGGGGCCGGUCCACUUUGCCCAGCGCCAGCCUCCGUAGCCCCGCCUCUAGCCUCUGUAGCCACUUUAACCCCCGACCCGCCACGACGUUUGCGCUCCACGCCGGCCGCGCCACGAGGCCCACCCCCCCUCCUCCCACCUCGAGGCCGGGCCUAAACGCCUUUUUUAGGUUAUUUUAUUUUCAUUCAUUCAUUCACUGUGAUUGUGGAUGAUUACACAAGUUGCCCCCCCCCUUCCCCCCACUGCUCUCCU